CCGGACCUAGAAAGGGUGGCGCAUGCGCGGCGGCGCCCGGAGCGUGCGGACGGCGGCCGCGAAGGGCCAUUAGAGUGCGGUUGGCGGCGGGACCGGCCGCCCGAGGGAGCGGAGCCGUCCAGGGCGCGAUGCCCCAGUCCUCCCGAGACGGUGCCCCGUGUCCGCCCUCCAGCCAGGGACCCGGAGACAUGCGCGGCUCCACGCGUGCCACCCUCGUCGCCGCCGCCGCCACCGCCGCCUUCCUCCUGUGCGGCCUGGGCUCGGCCGAAGAGCACGUGGACGGCCACCCCCAAGGCGGCCGUCUGGACCGGAGCAUGGUGCAGGACAAAGACCACAUCCUGGACCACCUGGACGGCGUGGUCGACAAGCCCGAGGCGGAGAUGUCCCCGCAGGAGCUUCAGCUCCACUACUUCAAGAUGCACGACUACGAUGGCAACAACCUCCUGGACGGCUUGGAGCUGGCCACGGCCAUUAGCCACGUCCACAAGGAGGAAGGGAGCGAGCGGGCGCCGGCGAUGCGGGAGGAGGAACUGACCAGCCUGAUCGACGACGUCCUCCGGGACGACGACAAGAACGACGACGGCUACAUCGACUACGCGGAGUUCGCCAAGUCCCUGGAGUAGGCCGGCCGAUCCCACCGCGGCCGAAUCCGGAACUCCGAACCCGCCCCCGGCUCCGCCGGGCCUCGGGAGGGGGGGAGAAGCUCGCCCUCGGUUUCUCGGCAUCGCCCCGUCGCACGUUUCGGCGUUUUGCUUUUAAAGGACUCCGGCCCCGACC